CUUCAAUUAAAGAUCAUUCAUAUUCCAUUUUCUCCUGCACCAUCACUCAAAGAAAAAAAAGAAUCAAUGGGCGUUCACAACAUUCAAACCCCGGGCACGCCACCCGUGUUUCCGAAGCCGAUGGAAGCGCUGCACGAGACGCCGAUUCCUCCGUUUCUGUCGAAGACGUAUGAUCUAACGGAUGAUCCAUCGCUGGAUAGAAUAAUAUCGUGGGGAGACAAAGGCAAGAGCUUUGUGGUGUGGGACCCUGUGGAGUUCUCAAGGCUGAUUUUGCCAAGGAAUUUCAAGCACGCCAAUUUCUCCAGCUUCGUUCGUCAGCUUAAUACUUAUGGAUUUCGCAAAAUAGACACGGAUAAAUGGGAGUUUAGGAGUGGAGGAUUUGUACAAGGGCAGAGGCAUCUAUUGAAGACGAUACAGAGACGGAAAUCACAUCACCGGCUUGAGGGGCCAUCUACCGCAUGGCAAGCUGAGAUUAGAGAGUCGAGGAGGGAGAGACGACUAAUGAUGGAGGAGCUGAUGGGAUUGCAGGACGAGCAGCGCCUUAUGGUUCAGCAUAUGCAAGUGGUGAAGGAGAAGCUCGAGGCAGCAGAGACGAGACACAAGCAGAUGAUCUCAUUCCUGGCGAGAUUGAUCAACUCGAGCAUUCCUUCAUCCUCUAGAACAAUGAGAAAGUUCGUGAAACAUCAGACCGAGCUCUGCAGUUUUGAUGUGACACCCGGCUCUGAUCAACCAUCACUGCACCAGGUCAGGGGAGAUGAACUCAUCCAUGCCCCGAAGAAGGAUGGCUCGGUUGGUGCCAUGAACCCCACAGCCGACGAGCAUUUUGCCUCUUCUCCGCAGAAUGUAGUUGUGGAGAAUGGUGUUCCUGGAUUCUUGAUAGCAGGAGACGCGUGGAGCAUGGGCCUGGAAGCUGGUGAUCCGUGGGGUUAUGUUAGCAAUUACUACGAUGCACCGGAUUUUGGGGUUGAGAGUGGGCUUUUAGAUGUUUCGGAAAUAGGGUCAAUGCAGCUUGAAGGAUGUUCAGACAUCAAGGAAUGGUUGGAUGAAGAAUCUCCUAUUAACAAUAGACCCUAAACCAACAUAUGUUUUAUUAUACAUUUUGUUGUCUUAACUUAAUAUACAAACACAUGCAUUUGCCAA